AUGGCAGAUUCUGGGUUACAGGAAUCGGCACUCAAGUUGUCGAUAUGCGCCAACUUUUCUCAUGGCUCAUGGUUAUCGGGCGAUAAGCAUGAGCGCAUGCGCGAAGCACUGUUCGCGUAUAUGGAGGAGCGCGGUUCGGAGUGGUUUGAGGAGCUCGCCGUGGAGCUGGGGUGGGAGUUCGACGGAGUGAGUGGCGAGGCCUUUCUUGAUGCCUGCACAGUGAUGCAAAGCAACGCCAUGCGCCGCCGAGGCAAAUUCGUGAAAACCAAAGCUUGGUUCGGCAUCAACAGCAGCUUCCGCGACUUGAUCGCGGCAGGAGACGAAGACGAGGCCGCGCCAGCAGAUGAAGCAGAACCAGCAGGAGCAGAAGGCAGCAGACCCAAGCAGAUCCUGACGAAACUUAGGAAAGCGCAGCUCUACAAGUACUACGCUGGCAAGGGUCCGGUGGAGCUGUUUGCCGAGUUCAUGUUGCAGGGAGACCUGCGACAGCACGCCGUCAUCCUGACAGCGGUCGGUGCUCCGCUGGAAUCCAAGUACAAAGCCGACCUGGAGUGUCAGACGAGCGGGGACAUCCAGGACAUGAUUUCUUGGUCUGUGAAUCGUGCACAGGGCCGUGCCUGGUGGACCACCACUCAGGCCAGACAGCAGUUUCACGAGCCCGGGCCAAAUAUCCGUAGCUCUAAGUUCACGAUAAUCAAACACGAAACUCGAGGCAAUCCUCGCCGUGCCCUUCACGUCAAACUUUAUAGAGGAGGUGGGACUGACCCUGCCGAUGAGACCCGCUCUGCCGACGCAGCCCCUCCAUGCUUGGAUGGUGGAUACGUGGCUGCAUGUGUUGGAGGGUCGCCGUAG